UUCAAACGAAUGUAUCGGCACUUUACGGGUUUAAUCUUUCUCCAUCUGUUUGAGCUUUCCCUCGGUUGCGAGAAGGGAGCUUUAUUUAAAAUGUGUGACAAGUUCAAUGUUACAUCAGUUCCAAAAAUUGCCGAAAAUAUGCUUGGAUGUUUUUGGGCGUGCGAUUUUGGUUUUGUUUCGAAUCCAUCACCUCUGCUGCGAUGCUUUUCACAAUAUCAUCUAUCGUUCUCGACCAACGGCAACUCACAUGCGGGACAGAUAUUUAAUUGUAUUGCAUGUCUCACAAUAGUUUAGUAAUUGCCGCGUCUUUUGCCGAGUCCGUGUGCUGAAAAAUGAAGAGCUGAGCUAGUAGGACAUCUUUGAGUUUGCGUAAUAGUUUUUGGUGUUGUAUUUUGUGAAGUUUAUUUGCAUGCAAAAUAGUUUUUGCUUAUUGGUUCUCCUAUUUUGUGCUACAAACUGAAUUCAUUUGUUAUGAAAAAUCUAUAAGGAGCAAGCCAUAGUGCAAUUUGUGUCAUAACUAAGCAAUACCAUCUUCAAUGUACGAAAACUAAAUUUAAAACAAUCGAAAAAAAACGCGCAUAAGAACGGUUGCACACUUAAGAAAAGUAUUGAAUCAUAAUGGCAGAUUUCUUGUCACCGAUUAUCAAAGAUUUCGGAUCAUGGCAAUUCAGGGCGGUGAUGCUGAUACAUCUAUGCAAAAUACCGUCUUCGUGGUUCAUGGCUUGUAUAAUUUUCACGGCUCCAGCUCCUAAGCCAGGUGAAUUCUAUUGCAAGCCACCUACAUCGAUUAGUAGUGACUUCGACAGGACCAAAUGGAUUAUGGCAUCGCAUCCCGUGAAAGAAACCUUGAGUAACGGAGAGUAUUCCAUUGACUAUUGCAACGCGUUCAACAAUAGCCUUCAGCACUACAACGACCCAACAUUCGGAACAUGGAUUGAGCCCAACAAUAGCAGUCAGAUUCUACCUUGUGAAUCUUUCGAACAUCAUGCAGAAUACACCUCAAUUGUCACCCAGUUUGACUUGGUGUGUUCCAGAUAUCUACUGAUUGCUACUACGCAAUCGUUCCAUCUGUUUGGAGUUCUUUUAGGGGGUAUAAUUACAACCCAGCUGAUGAAAACCGUGAGCCCAAGAAACGCCAUGCUGUUGGGAAUGUACGCGCAAAUCAUGUGCGGAUGCAUCACCGGUUAUAUCUACGCUUACGAAAUGCAUGCGCUCUUCCGGUGCUUGAGUGCCAUCUGCUGUGGUUUGAUGUACACUGCCGGAAGCGUUAUCAUGAAUGACAUCACGGGUGGGAAGUUCAAAACUAUCACAAUUUGCAUGUUUGAACAGUUUUGGUCGAUCGGCGUGAUGCUUCUUCCAGGCGUGGCUAGUUUUUGGAGCAGUUGGUCCCAGCUGUACUUGGCCAUAUCGCUACCGACGUUCUUGCUCGUCAUUUUACACAGAUGGAUCCCGGAUUCUCCGAGAUGGCUUCUCAAACAUGGAAGAGUUCGAGAAGCCAAAACGUACCUCUUGGACGCUGCCAGGUGCAAUGGCACGGAGGACUGUAUUUCGAGUGAUUUCGACCAUCAGCUGAAGACGUUCUCCGAGGUAGCUGUAGAACAACCAGACCCCGAUCCUUGGUGGUCUAUUUGGGAUAAGGGUUUCUCGAAGAAUCUUUUUUGUGUUCAUACUGCUUGGGCGGUUUUCUACACGGUGUACUACGCAGCUCUGGUGAAUAUUACUGCUUUUGGAAGAGAGCAUAUACAGAUCAACACCGUAAUUGCAGGAGCUUCAGAAAUGUUUGGAUGUUUCGUCGGGCUUUUUCUGAUUAUGUACACGAAACAUAAAUGGCUUUGGACAGGCUUGUUCAACGUUUUCGGUGGCCUAGUGGCCUUCACCGCUUGGUGGAUCCCUCCAGAUGUCACAGGCACCCAUCGAGUUGUUCUUCUCAUGUUGACGGCAAUGGUCUCCAAAGCCAGCAUUUCUUGCUGCUUGGCUGUAUUGUUUACGUGUACUGCUGAACUGAUAGGCCCGAGUAAAAAGAAUGGAUUGGUCUACUCAUGUACGAUAUGGGGACGGUUUUGGUUCCUACUGGCACCGUUUGUAGCCGCUAUGGUGAAGCUCGGACAGGUGAUUCCGCUAAUCGUAAUUGGUGUGUUGGUCAUCAUCGGCGGGUUGUCUAUGGGAUGCAUCAGAAGUCCUAGAACACAUUCCAGUCUGCGCCGUGACUGGACUGCCAGCGCCUCAUCAGGAAAAUCAACUGGGGCAAACGAUCUACGGCAUUGACGACUUAGAAAAGCUUGAUUUUACCUCUUUAAGUUGAAGAUAGGAAUCGAAGUCAAUUCAAAACAGCAUUCUAGAGCACACAUUUGAUGAAUUUUAGACGAUUGGUCAUUCGCUGGCUCUUUAGUUCUCCAGAUUUGUGCUCUUGAAAAUUUAAGGUUUGACUUCGAUGCAUCUUCACCGUUCACUGAUCAUCUUUUACAAUUUGGUAAUGACCAGAAUCUAUUUUAUUUUCUUGACCAAUGUUAAACCAAAGAUUUCAGAUCAUCUUAAACUCUUUAGAAUUUAGAAGGUAGAUGCAUUGAUUGUAUUUUUUAUUUAGAAACGUUAUUAGUUCAAUUGUACUUAAGUGUUUGGAGUUAGAUGCUGUGAUUUUAGUUGAAGUUCCAGUAAAUAUAUAGAAUCUAGUUUUUUACGUCUGGGCAAGCACCAUAAAGUUCAUUUGAUAUUAACCGUA